GGCAUCGGCCGCAAGGCUGAUUUCCUUUCGCAUGGCCAACUGCAUCCAUACUGUGGUAUGGUAGUAGAUGACAUAAAAAGCCUACCUCCGUCGGCAUCACCUGCCACUCUCUGAUUUCGGAUCUGACAAGUUGCAUCAAAACCAUCGCCCCACGCUUUUUAGACAACGCCCCGAUCCUACGUGUUUCCACAUAGCCAACCAUUACCACACCCGACGAUUGCCUGCCGUCGCAUCCUCACACUACUAUUUGAGCUGGCCUUUGCACACUGCGUAAUCAGUCGGGCCCGACCAAACCGGAAUCGAAAACGCAAUCUCAAGUCUUGGCUUACCAUACCCUGCCGGCGCGCAUCAACAAUCCCCAAUCAUGGAUCUAGAUAUCGAAAUGGACGUUGACGACGUCCAGGACCAGACAGUUCCCCGGCUUCAGCAAGCCGACGAUAUCAUCACCGGUGAAGAGCAGGAACCUGGCGAGGUGGAGGAGACACCCAUAAGUCAAGAAAACGGCGAGGUUGGAGAUCAGGAUCUCGUGCCGUACAAAGUACAUGUCAGAGGGCUAGAUACGUUCAACCCGGAUGACGUCAAAACCUAUCUCGCGCAGCACUACACCACCAGUCAACUCACUCGGGUCGAGUGGAUCGACGACAGUUCCGCCAACUACGUCUUCAAGUCCGAAGGUAGUGCCCAAGAAGCGCUGGUAGCGCUAGCGGCAGUAGAGAUCGCAGACGCGACGCAGCUGCCUCCUCUAGAAGAGAUCGCUGCGAAGGGUUAUGCGCAGAAGCCAGAAUGCAUACUCCGGGUCCGCUUUGCCGUCGUCGGGGAUAAGAAACCUCCCCGUGCUGCUGAGCGGAGCCGAUACUAUCUACUUCAUCCCGAAUACGACCCGGAGGAGCGUCGACGGAGGGGUGGAUUUAACAGAGGCAAGUACCGUGAUCGCGACGAUCGGUACCGGAGAGACAGACGAAAUGACAGGCGGAGGGAUUCCCGUGGGGACGAUGAUCCGGAACCAUUCGAUGUCAACCUCUAUGACGACACCUCAGCUCCAUCGAAACCGACACGGAUACGCUCACGGUCAAGACGUCGCUCAGUUUCCAACUCUUCUGACGCUAGAAGGCUGCCUUCGCGUGGUCCGCGGAACCGGGAGAGGGAGCUGUUUCCAGAACGGCUAUCCGGAGGCGGGUACAGCUUACGCGAUCGAUCUGCCUCGCCGGUCAGAGACCGUGACGGUGAUGCCGAGAUGGGCCUGGACGAGGACGCACGAGCAGCUGCCGUGUUGCGCAGUCGGGAGAAGGGACGGUCGAUCAAAGAGCGCCUAUCACGGAAGAGCAGCGUCAAAGAGCUCUUCCCGCUGAAAGACAAUAAGCCGAAGGAGCUAUUCCCGACCAAAGUCAACUCCAGCUCCGUGAGUAAGGCGCAGAUGGAUCAAAUCAGCGACACGACGGUCCUGUCAAGCGCAAGUCUUGCAGAUCGGAUUACACCACGACUCAACACGUCGAGCCCGAGUGGGUUCAGCAUACGCGGGAUAGCAAGCAAACGCGGAACAGACCAAGGUAUUGCCAUCAAAGGCAUAGGAACCACCGUCAAGGAGUUGUUCCCCGAGAAGUUCGGGAACACCGGCAAGGAGCUUUUUUCAGAGAAGCUUGAGGGCAGGGGCCGGAGGAGACAGCGAGCUGAAGACAUGUUCCACUGAUUGUACUGGUACAAGUACAACUUUGGCAACAUCGUCCAGCAUCGCCGACAUGGGUUUUGAUGGUUUCCCGGGCAGGACGUUGUCGUUUAUAUAAUCUACUGGCACUUCCCUGCGGAAGAUGCAACUGGGCAAUGGAGGCCCUCACAUCUCGUGAAGCUAUUUCGGGACGACGUUACAAGGAUUACUAGUAAUAGGUACUGAGCCAUAUACUGACAAUGGAGACUCUUGCUGAGGCAAACUCGAAGCCUUAGUUGCAUUU